GAAAAACUUAAUGCAGAUUAGUACUAAAGCAACGGACAUAGAUAUGGAUGAUGAGCUAACAAUAAAAAAUCUUUUUGAUGUUCAAAUGUUUAAACAAAGCCAGGAGGAAACAAUUGAAAGAAGUUCAAUUUUGUAUUCUCAAACACCUACUAUUACUAAUGAAGAUUGGUCAAUUGAUGAUAUCUUCUCUGAAUUCUAA